UUCAUCUCAUUCUCAGGCUAUCAUCAUUGGGAUGGUCGAAGGGGUUUCACAGUCAUAUCACGCACUCAUUGAGUAGUGGAAGGGGAAUCCGAGACUCAUCAGCUGCGUUUUCAACUUCCUCAAAUAAUUAUCGGCGCAUGGUCACUACCAAUACCAGCACCUGGUAGGGUCUUGUUGUGGAACCCAAACUUCGACAGAAGCCACAGGUGAUACUGGCCCAGGACUCGACUCAAAUCAAUUUGGACGAGAGAGGGUCCAUAUCUCACUUGAUAAAUUAUCAAGAGCCUGUCGCCAGGACGCCAUAGCAUGCCGAGAGUAAAGUGAUCCCGCCGAAUCAGCCAUCUACACCCUCCCUCACUCGUCGAGGCCCUUGCUCCAGAAACGGGGGGAAAGUGGAAACACGGACAAACCAAGAUGCCCUCGAUCAACGAAAGCAAACACGAUGAGGCAGUCGACGCCUCCUGGGAAGCGACUCGCGGCGCCAUAUCCGGUGCCGUCAAGUGGGGCAUCGCGAGCGCCUUGCUCGGCGGCGUCGGCUACGCCCUGUCGCCCAUAUACCGGGGGCUGACGAUUCAGUUCAAAGUGUACCUCCAGAUGUCGGGCAUGGUGCUGGGGAGCAUGAUCGAGGCGGACCAACGGCUACGGCAGUAUGAGGCGCGGGUAAGGGCGCAGAGGCGACUGGCCAGGGAUCAAGCUUAUUGGGCAAGCUUUGAGAAGGAGUUUGGGAAGAACGAGGACGAGCAUGGACGGUAG